AUGGCUACCACAUCUCCCAAAGCACCAACCAAUGCCUUCGAGAAGGACAUCGAAGCCGUCCUCAACGAUAAAGAGAUCAAGCGUCUCGCAUGCCUCUUCCUUCACACCAGCAACCCCGCCAUCAACUGGCAGGCUGCUGCCGACAACUUCGGCUCCGCGUCUGCUGAAAGCUUUAAGAAGAGCCUGCAGAUCACGAAGAAGAAGCUCCACGACAACGGCGUCCUGCCGGACACUGAGGGUGGUACUACUGCUGCUGCUGGUGCUGCUGUGCCUGCCACGCCCAGCAAGAAGAAGACGGCUGGAAAGGGCAGGAAGAAGACGGAGGAGGCGGCUGAUGGCGAGUCCCCUACCAAGAAGGUGAAGGAGUCUCCGACAAAGAAGGCGAUGAAGGAGGAGGAGGCUUGA